GAAAACGCCUGAGGUUGUAAAAAUUACUAAUGAUCUUUUUACCAAAUUUGAAAAAAAUAAUAUUAAAGUUAAUUGCCUUGUAACUGAUUCUGCUUCUGAGUUUAUGGCAGCUCGACUACGUCUUCGAACUUCUUAUCCUAAUAAG